CCUGCACCCUGCGGAGUCCACGGAGGGAUAUUUGAGUCAAUGUAUCUGUGCACUAUAUAUUGGAUUUAGUUGGGCCAUUAAAGCAUCGCUACAAAGCCCGCUCCCUCUUCUUCAAUUCCAUGAAGGAUACGAAAUCAUUAUUUGUUUGAUACCCUAUGCUAUAUAUAUAUAUAUAUAACUAUUUGAUACCUAUAUGUAUGUUUGCAUGGGUAGAAAAGAAAAGUGCAGGAGCACGGAAUCAGUACUGUGUUUGAGGUUUUUCUAAUUAAUUAUUAAUAACUUAACACACCAAAUCUAAUUUUGAAUUUGAGGUUUUUGAUAAAACAUAUAAACCAUUCGUUUUCAAUCUCCACGGCUCACGUUUGUUAAACCUUCCUGCGCACUAAAUAACUAAACAAAUUACAAAAAGGCUCUUGCCGCGUUAAGUUUUUUUUCAUCCUAGUCCAACUAACUGACCCGAUUAAAUUAAAUUGAUUAAGACUGCAAACCCAAUUGGGUAGACCCACUGCCGCCCUAACCAAUUUCCAGUCUCCCUAACCAAUUACACGAUCCCUCUCUCGUCUUGGAGGGACACCCCUUCACAGUUCCAAGAGACGCUCCCCAUCCAAUUUGAACUCCCCAACUUAAUCAUCUUUUUGAAUCCCAAUUACUUGCAUCCACAUUCGACGUAGCUUGAAUUUCCCAAUUUAUUUUGUCUUGUUUCUUCUUCGCCAUUUUAUUUCCCCUCGCCUAUCUCUUUCUAACACGAUUACGGCGACCGUGUCUAUUAUUUUGUUCAUCGAACUUUUCAUUUGCAAAAGAACCCUUGAAAGAGGUUUGCUAACCCUAGGGUUCAUGUCGCUAGUGCUUUGUCAUCUUGUCUUAGCGUUAUUGUGAUUUUCUCGAACCUUAUAUCUCUCGGUGAAAUUUAGGUUUCCUGAUAUGUAGUGUUCGUCUCGCCCAGAGGAUUGAGGAAGAAGAUGAAGAACACAUAAUUUGAUUCGAAUCGGAUGGAGAGGUCUCCUUAGUUUGUGUUUAUGUAUUAACGGUGCGUUUAGGAGUAAUUCUAGUUGGACUAGGUCUGAUCAUUGAUUUUUGCAGGCUUUUAAAUAAGAUUCAAACGUGGGCUUGUACAUGGCCCAUGCAAUAUUCAAAAGUGGGCCUGGAACGUGCGAGCCCAUUUGUUUUCUCCUGCAGUAUCAAUUCGUGCGCCAACCCUAGUUUAACUAGCUUUACUUACCCUAGUUUAAGCUACACGAGUUAACAUCAUCAUUACUACAUAUCUUCCAAAAUCUUCUAACUCUUGACAUUCCAGACUCAACCGUCUCCAUCACACUCAUGUCUCCACACUCAACCCCCACGAUCACGUUUUCUUACACCUACAUUCUCUCUUUCCUUCAUCUUCACCUUCCCUUGUUCCUUCUUCCUCUGACUCCAUGGCAAACAAAGGUAAAUCUUUUGUGGAAAUGGGGAUACUAUCUCUUUCAAACGAUGACUGCCGAUCCACCCCAAGUCUCGGGGACUAUCUUUCAUUCACAAGCAUGACAUCAAUUGUGGCCGAGUACGAGUUCAUCCACCUGAGUCCUUUCCCUGCAGAAGUGAAGAAGUUAAUUAAAAAUCUUGGCUGGGAAAAGUUCAUUGAUCUCCGGAGUCGAGGAAGCACCAGUUACUGCCCGCAUGUGGUGAGGAAGUUCUACCACAAUUUAGAGUUGUCUGGUCCCUGCGAUUCUCAUCUCGUGUCGAUCUUCCUGGGUUAUAGAGUCUGCUUCCAGCCUCAUCAGUUUGCUGAGAUCCUCGAUCUCCCCGCCGCAGGACACCCCAUUGAUAGCAGAAGCGAUCUUGGGAGGCUGUACGAUUUUGAGUUUGAAGUUGAACUGGAGAAACUGACGAAGGGGCGCAUCCAGGCUUCUUUCCUCCCAGAUCCUCUUCGAUUCCUCCACUGGAUGAUCGUCAACUGCUUCAUGCCAAGGUACCGUGGUCAUUCGAUUAUUCGUAAACUUGACCUGUUUAUCCUUGUGCAAGCUCAAAGAGGUGUUCCUGUUAACCUCGCAUCUCUCAUGUGCCUGAACAUGGUUGAGGCUGCUCCUAGAGGGGAAAACUGGUACACUGCCUUUCCAUAUGCCACCUUCUUGACCACCUUUCUUGAAAGGGUUGGGAUGGAUAUGGGGGUUUAUGCUAAGGAGGACCAGUGCGCCUAUUUGCCAGUCUACCGUAUCGUCGAAUUGACCAAUACUUUUAUUGAUCUUCGGCAUACGGAGCAUGAAGAGACCCCUGAGGCAUCCUCAAGCAAACGUCCUCGGCUUACAUGAGAGUCGAUUGAUGCAGGGCGGGGUGGAGCGUUGGAGCAGCAAAGGGGCCAGCAUUGGAUGUCUUUUGUUAAUAAGUUUACUCAGGCUUUGUUGGUUUUUUUUUCCCGUCUUAUUCUCCAGCACUCAAAACUGUCAGGUACUGAGGGGAGCCAGUACAUCAUCUGACUAGGAAAGUCUCCCAUUUUUUUAAUUAUCCAGACAAAUAUUUUUCUAUGCAUGCAGUAUUUUGUGAAUUUGCCAUGGCUAAUUUUCCUAAGACAGGUGACGAGAUGCAGUAAUGGUCAUCCCUAAGCAAGGAGGUGCAAUUGCAUCCUACACUUGCUAUGAUGUGAGAAGCUAUUGUAAGGGUGCAAAUUUGCUUGCAAUUGAAAUUGGCCCACGAGUGGGGACCAUUGAUGAAAUUGCAAUGUUUUCUCAAAAUUAUAGAAGUGGAAGUAGGGGACUACCUAUGAAAUUGCAAAUGAAUUUCAUUGUGGGAG